AUGGCCACGCGCCCAAAUGGAGGGUGGAAGGCUUGGCUCCAGGUUGCCUGUGGUUUUGCGUUAAUGUUCAACACAUAUGGCCUCAUCAACACAUUUGGCAUCUACCAGAAUUAUUACACAGAGCAUUUUCGAUUCGACCCCUCCCGCGCAUCUCUUAUUGGUGGAAUCCAAAGUUUUCUUCUUUUCUUUGUCAAUUGCGCUGCGGGACCUUUGUAUGAUGCCGGCCAUACACGGCUCUUGGUUGUCGUGGGGACAAUACUCAUUGUCUUUGGCACGAUGAUGCAGAGUCUUUGCACGGAAUACUGGCAGUUUAUCUUGGCCGAAUCGUUGUUAAUUGGGUUUGGCGGUGGCCUAACGUCGUUCCUAUCUCCUACGGUGUUAUCGACCUACUUCACAACGCUUUAUCCUCUGGCGCAGGGAAUUGCGGCCUCGGGGGCCGGAAUUGGAGGCAUUAUUCUGCCUAUUGUUUACCGCGAACUUGAACCAAAGAUUGGCUUUCCCUGGACAGUGCGUGUUAUCGGGUUUAUUCUUCUCGCGACUCUGCUGCUCCCAGUGCUGUUUCUUCAGCCACGCAUGAUUCCUAGUGCUGGUCGGAAACUCAUUGACAAGACCGCAUUUACCGACUGGCCAUUUGUUGUAUUCCUGUGUGGUAACUUCAUCUAUCUCCUCGGCGCUUUCACCCCAUUCUUUUACGUGGAGGUAUACGCAGUUCAAACCAAGAUUGCAAGUGCGGAUCUUAGCUUUUACAUCAUCUCAAUCAUGAAUGCAGCCUCAGCAAUCGGACGUAUACUACCAAAUUUUGUCAGCGCCUAUACAGGACCGUUCAACAUGCUAGUACUGUCGACCAUCUUGACAUUCGUCUUUGCAUUCGGCUUUGAGGGCACACACAAUGUUGCCUCGCUCAUUGUUGUGAGUGCCUUUUAUGGAGGCGUUACUGGCUUAUUCUUUGCGCUACAACCCGUUGUGCUGAUUGGGCUGUGUCCCGAUCCAAAGCUGAUUGGGACGCGGGUUGGACUUGCUUUGGCUUUCCUAUCGUUUGCGGUGCUCGUAAGCAAUCCCAUAGCCGGCGCCAUUCAAUCCAGGGGAGGAUUUGUAGGGGUGUGGCUUUGGACUGGCGUCACGACUGCGGUUGGUACUUGCAUUAUGUGUGUAUCGCGUCUCAUGAGGACCAAAAGUAGCUUCUUCGUGAAGGUCUAA